AUGGGAACAUUGAAUACUCUUAGAAAGGCAUAUGGGGUUCUCAAAGACAAAACCAAGAUUGGCCUUGCAAAAUUCAACAGUAAUUUCCAGGAAUUAGACAUUGCAAUUAUAAAAGCCACCAACCAUAUUGAAUCUCCUCCAAAAGAACGGCAUGUUCGAAAAAUAUUUGCAGCAACGUCAGUAUCACGACCACAAACAGAUAUAGCAUAUUGCGUUCAAGCUUUAGCAAAAAGAUUAUCCAAGACUCGAAGCUGGAUUGUUGCUGCAAAGAUAUUGAUAGUUAUUCAUAGAACAUUAAGAGAAGGAGAUCCUACCUUCCGAGAUGAGCUUCUAAACUACGCUCAUAGAGGAAAUUUUCUCCAAAUAUCUAACUUUAAAGAUGAUUCAAGUCAUUUUGGUAUGUGGGAUUGUCACACAGCAUGGGUUAAGACGUAUGCAGUUUUUCUAGAAAAGAGGCUCGAUUGUUUCAGAGUGUUACAAUAUGAUAUUGAAGCAGAACGGUUGACAAAAUUAGCAUCCGGUGGCUCAAGCAGGGGACAAAGUAGAAGAAUGAGUAGUGAGGAAUUAAUAGAGCAAUUGCCAGCACUACAACAACUUCUUUCUCGUCUUAUCGGCUGUCAGCCUGAAGGAGCGGCUUCUGAUAUUUACCUUAUCCAAUAUGCAUUAGCUUUGGUAUUAAAAGAGAGUUUCAAAAUAUAUUGUGCUAUCAAUGAUGGAAUUAUGAAUCUCAUUGACGUGGUAGUUUUUAAAAUGUCACAAGAUGAUGCAGUCAAAGCUCUCGGAAUAUACAAAAGAGCUGGUCAACAGGUAGAAGAACUGGCUGAAUUUUAUGAAUACUGCAAAGGAUUAGAACUUGCUAAGAACUUUCAGUUUCCAGCAUUAAGACAGCCCCCACCAUCUUUUCUUGCAACAAUGGAAGAAUAUGUAAAAGAAGCUCCACAAUCAGGUUCUGUCCAAAAUAGAGAAAAACAAUGGAAUGGCUCUUGCAAUUGUUCCGUCAGCUUCCCCAUUAAUGGCUCUUCGGAGCUUCCUGAUAUUGGCUCACAUAAGCUUCCCAAAUUUGGCUCUCUUGAGCUUCCCGUUUACUACUCUUAUGAGCUUCCCAAUGUUUGGCUCGCAAGAGCUUCCCAUUACAUGGCUCACAUGAGCUUCCCGUUGUAUGGCUCAAAAGAGCUUCUUGAUUUCAUGCUCGUAUGGGCAUACUUGUAUAUGAAUUGA